AUGGCAGUGAAUCGCGACAAGGAGGUCUACUUUGCGAAGCUCGCGAAAAAGGCGGAGCGCUACGAUGAACGCUGUGGGUCGCGCCGCGCUGCAUGGCGCAUCACCACCAGCGUGGAGCAGAAGGAGACCAGCAAGGGCAACGAAGAAAACGCGAAGUUCGCGAAGGAGUACUGCAAGAAGGUGGAGGGGGAGCUCGAUGACAUUUGCAAGAAGAUCCUUGCCCUGCUGGACAGCAGUCUCAUCGGAAAGGCAACCACGGGCGAGUCCAAGGUCUUCUACCAGAAGAUGAAGGCCGACUACUACCGCUACAUUGCUGAGUACACUACAGGGGCUGACAAGGAAAGGGACUUGGCAGCGACGCACCCGAUCCGCCUCGGUCUUGCUCUGAACUUCUCUGUAUUUCAGUACGAGGUGUUAGCGAACCCGGACGAGGCGUGCAAGAUGGCGCGCACCGCCUUCGAGGACGCGAUAGACGAGCUUGAAAACGUCGAAGAGGAAUUCUACAAGGACUGCGACCUCAUCAUGCAGCUGCUCAAGGACAAUCUGACGCUGUG